AUCAAAUCUCAAGUUUGACUGGACCCACAAACCGCACACUUCCUUCCCCAAUAUGAAAGCAACGACCUCAAAAAGCCCCAAAAUACCUUUUGUCUCUCUCUCUCUGGCUUUCCUAAAUUCAUUCAUGGGAGAUUUUGCAGAAAAUCACAGUCCCAUGGAUCUGUCUUAUGUUGUUCUCCUCUUACAUAGUAAUUGGAGUGAGUAACUGAUUAGAGAUAACUAAUUUCAUUUACCCAUUUCCCAUUUUUUCUCCUCCUGGUGAAUGUUGUAAAUAAGCUCGAAAUUUAUAAACUUGCUGGGGAAAAAUGAAGGUUUUGACUUGUUCCAUGGUGGUGGCGGUUCUGAGUUGCUGGGUUUUGGCGGCUGAGUCCGAUGAUCAAGCUAGGCUUCUGGUCGCCUUCAAGGAAUCCUCUGUCGAAAAGGAUCCCAAUGGGUUCUUGAAAGACUGGGAUUUGCCCGCUUCUUCUUCUUCUUCCGGCGGCCACUGCGAUUGGAGUGGCGUGACUUGCUCUCCCGAUCGCCGCCAGGUCACGGCGGUGGAUCUCGGAGAUGCCCGGCUUGUUGGGUUCCUCCACAUCCGUCAUCUCCUGGCCUUGCCGGCUCUCCGGGACGUCAACUUGAGCGGCAACCGUUUCUACGGCAAUCUCUCCCUGUCCGACUGCCGGAGCUUGAGCCUGCUCAAUCUGUCCAAGAACAACCUCAGUGGCAGCCUGGAGAUCUCCCUCUCUUCUUGCCCCACCCUGUCGGCCCUCGAUCUCUCCCACAACAAUUUCUCCGGGAAUCUCAACGAUGCGGUCGAUUUCGGGGAUUGCCGCAAUCUGUACGCGCUCGACCUGUCGUUCAACGGUCUCACCGCUACCGAUUUCCCUGCAAGCCUGGCGAACUGCGAGCGCCUGGAGAGACUUGAUCUCGGGCACAACGCGAUUCGCUUGAGGCUUCCGGGGAAGUUAUUGGCGAAGCUCAGGAGCGCGAGGCGUUUGGGUUUGGACCAUAACCAGUUCUUUGGGGAGGUUCCCUCUGAGCUGGGGGAGAUUUGCGCUGGUGUUGCCUUUCAAGAUCUUGAUCUUUCCGGGAACGAGUUAACGGGCGGGCUACCCUCGACGCUCGCGUCGUGUUCUUCGCUCGCGUCUCUCAACCUCUCGCGGAAUCAUCUCACGGGCGAUUUCUUGAGGAGUGUCGUUAGCCGCCUCGCGAACCUGAGGCGACUGUCGGCGUCUUUCAAUAACUUAACGGGCCCGAUCCCGAGGUCGUUGGAAAGAUGUUCGAAGCUCGAGGUGUUGGAUCUGAGCUCGAACGAAUUGGACGGGGCGGUCCCUUCCUGGUUUUGCUCCGGGACCGCCGCGUCUGGAUUGCAAAUGAUGUUGCUGGCAAAUAACCGCCUCUACGGGGGGAUUCCGGCGGAGCUCGGGCUUUGCAGGAGCCUGACGAAGCUUGAUCUCAGCUUCAACGGCCUGAGAGGUUCGAUCCCAUCGGGUGUCUGGAAUCUCCCGAACCUCUCGGACCUGAUCAUGUGGGCAAACGGCAUCACCGGUGAGAUUCCGGAGGGCAUCUGCACAAACGGCGGGGCGAGGUUUCAGACACUAAUCCUCAACCACAACUCGAUAACCGGGCAAAUCCCCGAGUCCAUCUCAAAGUGCACCGAUCUGGUUUGGAUUUCCCUGUCGAGCAACCAGCUGACAGGGGAUAUUCCUCCUGGAAUCGGCGAGCUCUCCGAGCUCGCCAUACUCCAGCUGGGGAACAACUCUCUGUCCGGCCCGAUUCCUCCCGGGCUGGGCAAAUGCAAGAGCCUCAUCUGGCUGGACCUGAACAGCAAUGACUUGACAGGUCCGAUUCCUGCCGAGCUUGCUGAUCAGGCCGGCCUUAUUGUCCCCGGAGCUGUCUCCGGGAAGCAUUUCGCCUUUGUGAGAAACGAAGGCGGGUCGAUGUGCAGGGGGCCAGGGGGGCUGGUUGAUUUCCAGGGGAUCCGCGAAGAGGUUCUCGAAAACUUCCCCGUCUUCAACUCUUGCCCCUCUAUUAGAGUCUACUCUGGCACGACGAUCUACACGUUCUCCGGCAACGGGAGCAUGAUUUACCUCGACCUCUCCUACAAUUCCCUCUCCGGAAGCAUUCCGGCGAGCUUGGGUUCAAUGGGUUAUCUCCAGGUUCUGAAUUUGGGUCACAAUGAUCUCACCGGAACAAUCCCUCCCAGCCUUGGAGAUCUCAAGAAAGCAGGUGUCCUUGAUGUCUCUCACAACCACCUUCAAGGCCUGAUCCCGGGGUCCCUCGGAGGGCUAUCCUUCCUCAACGAUCUCGACCUCUCAAACAACAACCUCUCCGGGCAGAUUCCUUCCGGCGGGCAGCUGAUUACGUUUCCCUCUUCCCGAUACGAAAACAAUUCCGGCCUCUGCGGUCUCCCCUUGGCCCCGUGCGGGUCCCGGGGCGGACCCCGUCACGAGCACGACGGGAAGAAGAAGAAGAAGACUGAGGCAUCCACCGUGUGGAUGUUCGCGGGGAUUACAUUGUCGUUUGUUUGUUUGUGUGGCCUCCUUGUCGCACUCUUUAGGGUGAAGAGCGCGCAGGAGAGAGUGGAGAAGAGGGACAAAUACAUCGAGAGCCUCUCGACAUCCGGUGGCAGCAGCAGCUGGAAGCUGUCCAGCGUCCCCGAGCCGCUGAGCAUCAACGUGGCGACCUUCGAGAAGCCUCUGAGGAAGCUGACGUUUGCGCAUCUUCUGGAGGCCACCAACGGGUUCAGCAAGUCUUCCCUGGUCGGCUCGGGGGGGUUCGGCGAGGUGUACAAGGCGCACUUGAAGGACGGUUCGGUCGUGGCGAUCAAGAAGCUCAUCCACGUGACCGGGCAGGGCGACCGGGAGUUCAUGGCGGAGAUGGAAACGAUCGGGAAGAUCAAACACCGAAACCUGGUGCCCCUCCUGGGGUACUGCAAGGUCGGGGACGAGAGGCUUCUGGUGUACGAGUACAUGAAGUGGGGGAGCCUCGAGGACGUGCUCCACAACAACCGGGACAAAAACGGCCCGAGCCUCGGCUGGGCGGCCCGGAAGAAGAUCGCGGUGGGGUCCGCGAGGGGGCUCGCGUUCCUCCACCACAGCUGCCUCCCGCACAUCAUCCACCGCGACAUGAAGUCGAGCAACGUCCUCGUGGACGACGGCCUCGAGGCCCGGGUGUCGGACUUCGGGAUGGCCCGCCUCGUGAACGCGCUCGACACGCACCUGUGCGUGAGCACGCUCGCGGGGACCCCCGGGUACGUCCCCCCGGAGUACUACCAGAGCUUCCGGUGCACGACGAAGGGGGACGUGUACAGCUUCGGGGUCAUACUCCUGGAGCUGCUCUCGGGUAAAAAGCCGAUAAACACGCAGGAGUUUGGGGACGACAACAACCUCGUCAGCUGGGCGAAGCUUCUGCACAAGAGCGGAAGGAGCGAUGAGAUAUUCGAUCCGCAGCUGGUCGCUGAUUCACCCGGCGACUCGGAUGAUCAUCAUCAUCAGCAACUCAAUGAGUACCUGAAGAUCGCAUUCGCGUGCCUCGAAGAGAAGCCUUACCAGAGGCCAACCAUGAUCCAAGUGAUGGCCAUGUUCAGAGCUUCAUCGUCAAUGCAAUUAGGCGAUUCUGCGGAGAGACACGACGAUGCCGCCACCGUCUUGAUCCACGAGUCGCCGGAAGGCGGCCCCUAGCUAGCAAUGUUUGGGGUUCAGUUGGCCGGAGAAAAAGAGAGAAAACUUUGUACGAUUUGUAUGGAUUUUGUCAGCAGUUCAGAUUUUUUGUGAUAAAGAUAUGGCACAAAAAAUGUGUGGUGCUAGCUACUGGUUU